AUGAAAAUUAUAUCGCUCUCCAGAUUUUGGCGGAGAAACCCUCAAACAACCUCAACUUCCAGUUCUUCCCCACCUCUCCCCAAACAAAUAAUUCCACCAGAACGACAAGUGAUUACCACAGCUGUGAUACUCAAGAGUACGAAACCAGAGAGAGAAAAUAAAUAUGGUCUCCUACCCCUCCACAUCCCCAAUCCCACCAUUACUCCGCCAUCCGAGCGUCAAUAUCCCGUUGACAUAAUCGCCAUCCACGGAAUAACAGGAGACGCAUACUCAACAUGGACGGACAAAAAAUCCUCAUAUUUCUGGCUACAGGAUUCAUUGCCGAAAAAGUUUCCAGGAGCGAGGAUAUACAGCUUUGGGUAUAGAGCGAAUGUGGUGUUCUCACUCGAAACCGGGGACUUUGAAAGUUUCGCCAGAGAUUUGCUCGAAGAGAUUCAUGGAACGAGGUUGAGCAAAGAGGAGCAACGACGCCCACUCAUUUUUAUCUGUCAUAGCAUGGGUGGAAUCGUUGUGAAGAAAGCUCUCAACGUCUGUCAAAUCGAACGUCGAUACAAACACAUUCUUCUCGCUGUACCCUCCAUCCUCUUCCUCUCCACGCCGCACGGGGGAUCCAACCCGGCCGACUUGCUAGCUGUCAUAGCACAAGUUGCAACUAUUCCCCUCGCAUCUCGCUGGAUGGGAAGGACACGACACGAGCUAAUAUCAGCGCUUGGGAGGAACUCAAAAGACUUGUAUUCAAUCUCCAAGGAGUUCCGACAUCAUGCGAAAUGUUUGAAAAUAUUUUCGUUCAUUGAGCAGACCAGCACUCCGCCAUUACGUGAAUUGAUAGUGGAUGAAAUUCGUGGAACCAUGCUGGUUGAUACGGAAAACGUCGUAUUUAUGCCAGGGUGCGACCACCGAACUGUUUGCCGUUUCGAAAGUGAAAAGAGCCAAGGAUACCAGAAGGUGUCCAGCAAGUUACGGGAGGUUGUAGAGGAAGCUACCACAAAACUUGAAAACGAGAUCCAACUUGAAGAUAUCCCUUGCCUACAUUCCCUCGCUUUCCCAUCAAUGCACGAUCGCCUGCAUGCGACAUCAGCUGCGCAGCCCUUGACCUGUACCUGGCUUCUUUCACACCCCUCGUUCCAAGCCUGGUCUAAAUCUCCGACAUCCGGCAAUUCCGCCGUUACUACGAGACUCCUUUGGAUCAAAGGCCAUCCCGGAACCGGAAAGUCAACUUUAAUGGCCUUCCUCUACAACCACAUUGGUGCUUGCUAUCCUCGAGAUAUCCGUCUCUCUUUCUUCCUUCACGGCAAUGGAACAUUUCUUCAGAAGUCCCAGCUGGGUAUGCUGCGAUCCUUGCUACAUCAGCUCUACAAAUGGUCACCGGCCGCUCGCAGUGUGAUAUUCAGCGCGUAUGACGAGAAGGUAAAAGAGUUUGGCGAAUACGGACGGAAUUGGGAAUGGCAAGUGGCCGAGCUGCGGCAACUGCUAUCCGCAGUCUUGUGCUUGAGACCUUUGAGAGGGGAGGAGAUGGUCAUUUUUGUUGAUGCGUUGGAUGAGGUUGCUGAUCAAGGCGACCCGCUGGUAGCGGGCGAGCUGGUAGGCUUCUUCCAUGAGUUGAACGACAGCAUUGUAGCUGCGGGAGGCACGACCAAAAUAUGCAUCUCAUGUCGACACUAUCCUACCGUUGCUGUGAACCAAGGACUGGUGAUCAAUGUCGAAGAGUGGAAUGAGAGGGGUCUGGCCAGAUAUGUUGCUUACCAGUUGAAAGUGGCCAUUGAGGGUUGGCAUUUGGAAGAUGAAGGUGAGAGGCUAGCCCUAGAAAGAGCAAUCGUCAAGAAAGCCGAGGGAGUUUUUCUUUGGGCAAGUCUGCGGGUGCCGAAGAUUGUGAAAAGUCUCAAUGAUGGCAUGUGUUCAUUGGCGAGUGCGCCUAGACUGCUGGAGGAUGAAUCAAACGAACUCUUUGCGCAGUACGAACAGAUUUUAUCAAACGAUAUCCCAGAGCCUCUCAGGGCGAAAGCGUCCCAGUUAAUGCAAUGGCUAUGCUUAGCCGAGCGGCCACUGACCAUUGCAGAAUUGCGUGUUGCUUUGGCUUGUAAUGAGAAGAGUCUAGUAUCUUCUCAAAAGGCACUUGAGAACACUCCGGAUUUUGUGGACUCGGAUGACAGGAUGAUAAGAUUAGCAAAGAGUCUGUCCGGAGGAUUGGCUGAGGUGAGGGGUAAUACUGUUCAACUCUUCCAUCAAACAGUUAAAGAGUUUAUGCGCAGCAAAGGGUUGAGAAACCUUUUGACACCAGCAAGCAAUGAUCUUUCCGAUGUACAGAUCAUUGGUGUCUGUGAAGACAACCUGUCCAGAUCAUGUCUUGCGUAUCUGGGGUUUGAAGAUGUCAUUGAAAGGGCGGCAGAAGCCACCGAAGGCAUUGAAAAGGAGUUUACAUUUCUUCAAUAUGCUACCGAAUAUUGGAUUUUACACUCGGAAAAGGCAGAAAGACAUGGACAAAAGCAAGAAUACAUCGUUGAAAGAUUCGAGUCACAUCCAAUUAUAUUCGACACCUGGAAACACCUCUACCACACCAUUGGCCAGAAAGAUUGGAGGAGAAAGAGACCGUAUCGAGAUGCUGACUUGUUAUUUUUUGCAGCGAGCUUCAAUCUCCAAACAGUUGUUUAUCUGCUCCUGAAAAGUGAUGCCAGCCUAGCCACAUUGACAGAUGAGACCGGCGAUACGCCGCUUCACUAUGCUGCCCGAGAAGGCCACGAGCAAAUGGUGUGGAUGCUAGUCGACUUGCAUGCAAAUAUUGAGGCGAAGAGCAUUAGAUUGAGCACCCCGUUAGAGGUAGCCGCUGCAAAUGGACAUGAGCAGGUCGUCAGAUUCCUUUUGGAAGAAGGAGCGGACAUCAAUACGUCGACUGGCUCAACCGGGACAGCCCUGCAUGCAGCGGCGGCGAAAGGAAAUCUGCGGCUAGUAGCCUUCCUACUCAGCAAUGGAGCAGAAAUCAACGCUCAAGGAAGUCGUAUUGGAACUGCUCUUCAUGAGGCGGUUUAUUGGGGCCAUGAAGAAGUUGCGAGGCUUUUGAUCGACAAUGGUGCAGAAAUCGAUAUCCACGCCGGCACCUACGGAUCUGCACUGCAGGCAGCAACACAAGCAUCGGGUUCAGGUGACAAUUGCGAACGUAUUGUCAAGUUAUUGUUGGAUGAAGGAGCCGAUGUCAAUGACCAGUGUGGCGAAUUCGGUAAUGCUUUGCAGGCAGCAGCGACCACGCACAACCAGAGCGUAGUCCAGCUCCUCCUCUCAGAAGGUGCAAACAUAAAUGCCAAAGGCGGCAAAUAUUGGACUGCUUUGCAAGGUGCGGCUGCCAUGGGGAGCGAAGAUAAUGUGCAACUAUUGCUGAAUAACGGAGCUGAUACUAAUAUUCAAGGAGGGGACUUCGGAACUGCACUGCAUGCAGCACCGCCAAAUCAGGAGAAAGUCAGAAUGAUCUUGGAAAAGGGAGGUAAGAUCGACCUAAGAGGGAGAUACGGGAACGUUCUUCAGGCGGCAGCAUUCAGCGGGAAUGAAGAGCUUGUGAGGCUGUUCUUGAAACUUGGCGCAAAUAUUCAUGAAGAGGGCGGGGUAUAUGGCCACGUCCUCCAGGCUGCUGUUCCACUAUGCAGUGAGAGAUGCAUCCGGUAUUUGUUAGACAAAGGUGCGAGUAUAACAGUUCAAGGAGGGGAGUAUGGUAGUGCCUUGCGAGCGGCAAUCACUUGGAGAAGAGUGCCUAUCGUCAAGGAACUGUUACGGAGAGGAGCAAACCCAAAUGAGGUGAAAGGAGACCGUGGCACAACUGCGCUGUAUCUCGCAGUGACCAAGGGACACGCCAAUAUCGUGGAGUUACUGCUUGACCACGGAGCUGAUGUCAAAAUGAAGAGCGGAUGGUCUGGGACUGAGACUGCGCUAGAUGCUGCUAUCCGCCAUCGGGAAAAAGAUAUCGUGGAGCUGCUGUUGGACAGAGGCGCAGUGUCUGAUGCUGCAGGGGAGAUAUUUGAAGAAGCAAUGAAAAGUGCAGCAGGUGAUGUAGCUAUCACGAGGCUUCUGGUUGUAAAGGGUAGGAAACUAAAGGCCGAGAAGGCGAGAACGGAUCAGCAACUUGAGCUAGUAAAGUCGUAG